CCCAAGUGCGCUCUGGUUUUGCCGUGUUCUUUCAAAAUUUCAUCACUACUCUACAUUAAACAUCCUCUUUCUUCCUUUGUAUUACUUAAAGAGGCGUCACCAGAUUUUGAGAGCCAUAUAUUGUACGCAACAGAUUGAGAGUAAGACAUGAGGGAGAAGAAGGAACCAGUUCUUUCACUCUGGGAAGAGAAGAAGAAAAAACAAGUUCUUUCAUUUCUUUCACUUUGGGAAGAGGAGAAGGAAAAACAAGUUCUUCCAUUUCUUUCAGUUGAGUCAUGCUUCCCAGAUGAUGUGUCUCCUAUAUAUGCUGAUGCUCGACUACAACACCUAAAAGUCCUAAUCAUUUCAGUCCUGUCAUGCUCCCCAGACAAACUGUCCCACAAUCCUAAAGUUAAAAUACUAGAAGGCAUACUCAAUUCAGCCGAAACAACAUUCCCGCCUCAUAUGUCCCCUGAUCAAGUUCAAGAACUAAAGGACCUAAUCACUUCUGUCAUUGGAGAAAUCCGGCUUGAUUUGCUUCCUCCAUCGCCAAUGUAUCCCACUUCAUCUCUACAAGUUGGGGCUCAACCAACCACAAAUCUUACCAUGUAUGUGCCAUUAUACCAAGCUGCACUCACAGGUGAUUGGGACAAGGCUAAUGAAUUCAUCAGAUCGCAUCCAUAUGCACCAGCUGCUAGGAUCACGAAACGAGGGGAUACAGCCCUUCACAUUGCAGCUGGGGCCAAACAGACCAAGUUUGUGGAGGAGUUGGUCAAGUUGAUGGAUCCAAAAGAUUUAGAGAUGCAAAACUGCUUCGACAAUACAGCACUUUGUUUUGCUGCUGCAUCAGGAAUUAAAAAGAUUGCAGAGGUGAUGGUGAAAAAGAACAAAAAUUUGCCGGCAGUGAGGGGUAGUAACGGAGUGACAGCACUCCACAUGGCUGCUUUGUUUGGUUACAGGGACAUGGUGCGAUUUCUCUACUCUGUCACUGAUGAUAAAGAUCUAACAAAGGAAGACUAUAUCGGACUACUUCUUGCUACCAUCAGAUCUGAUUUGUAUGAUGUAUCUUUGGAAAUACUCCAGGUCCUGCCCGAACCAAAAUUAGCCAUUGAGAGGGAUUCAAAUGGCGAGACAGCCCUUCAUGUUUUAGCUCGAAAGCCUUCCGCAUUUUCUAGCACAAGUCAGCUAGGAAUCUGGCAGACAUGUAUAUAUCCAUGGAUCCACAUGCAAACACCUGAUGCAUCGGGUAACACCCCUAGCUUGUUCAAAUACCAGAAUCACAAAAACUCCCAAGGAACAAGGGAUGUUCGAGAGGGAAGCAUGCCAGCCCUAAAGUUGCUUAAAUGUCUUUGGGAGCAAGCUCUGUUAUUGGAUCUCUCACAUAUGGGGGACUUACUUAGAAGCCCUUCACGACCAUUAUUUGUUGCUGUAGAGUUUGGAAACUUUGAGUUUAUUGUUGAGCUUAUGCGCUCCUAUCCUGAUCUAAUUUGGAAAGUAGAUGAGCAAAGCCGAAGCAUCUUUCAUAUUGCAGUUAUGCAUCGCCAAGAAAAGAUAUUCAAACUUAUUUAUGGCAUAGGAGCACAUAAAGAUUUAAUUUCUGCUUAUAAAGACCCAAACGGUAAUAACAUGCUACACCUGGCUGGAAAGUUGGCUCCUUCAAAUAGACUUAAUAUUGUCUCUGGUGCUGCACUUCAGAUGCAACGAGAAUUAUUAUGGUUUAAGGAAGUGGAGAAGAAUGUCCUACCAUCAUACAGAGAGAUGGAAAACACAAAAGGUCAAACACCCCAAAUGUUAUUUACUGAGGAGCAUAAGAAAUUGGUCGAAGAAGGAGAGAAGUGGAUGAAGGGCACUGCCUCAUCAUGCAUGCUCGUCGCUACGCUUAUUACAACAGUGAUGUUUGCUGCAAUUUUCACAGUGCCGGGAGGGAACAGUAACAAAGGCGCCCCCAUCUUUCUUAAAGCCAAGUCAUUCAUAAUUUUUACCAUAUCAGAUGCAUCUGCACUAUUUUCCUCUGUUACUUCAAUAUUAAUGUUUUUAUUUAUCCUCACUUCACGAUAUGCUGAGGAAGAUUUCCUUGAGUCCUUACCGAAGAGGUUGAUUAUUGGUCUUACAACCCUCUUCUUCUCUAUAGCAUCAAUGCUUAUUGCUUUUAGUGCAACCUUUUUCGUUCUACUUGGCAAUCAACUGGCAUGGGUUGUCAUCCCUGUGGCACUAGCUACUGCUAUUCCAGUAACGUUAUUUGCAUUUUUGCAGUUCCCACUAUUGGCUGACAUGAUGCAUUCUACUUAUGGGUCAGGAAUCUUUCCUCAGCAAAGUAAAGAUAAGAUUUAUACGUUUGACAAGGGAUAUCACCCUUGUCAUCUAUACAACUUACUCAUUUACCGGGGAAAGAAAAAGAAUAUCACCCUGACUGUAUAAGAUUUUUUAGAAUGUAACAUUAUUCUUAAUGUGAAGUGUUGUAAUGAUUUGAUAUUGAAAAAUCCAAGUUGUGGGAAAACAAUAUUUUUCAAAUAUAUCGUGUUUACUUCUAUAUAACUUGGCCAUCUCAAUAUUAUCUAUGCUGUUCAAACUUAGG